AACUAGAUACAGUACGAGACACGUGCACUCACACAUACACACACUUUUACACGCUAGAACCAGAUAAUCCAUAAUGUAGAUCAAACAGAAACGCUCUUUUUUUCCAUCAGUGCUUCUCUGACUACAGGAGUAACAUUAACUGAUCAGGUGACUGAGGAGCGUUUACCUGUGUUUUUUUUAAAUGAUUAUUGUUUUUAUUCACUAAGGAUGGUGUUUUACUGCWGCAGUUUAAACGCAUGGAUGAGCAAAAACUGACUCUGUGAUACCAAACAAAAAWUUACCAGAAGAGCAGCUGGAGAUAAAAGACACCAUGCAGAGCACCCAGUCCUAACUAAAGCAAAAGCGGUCAUGGUGGACACUGAGGAUGAUGAAGAGACGUCAAUCCUCCAGCUGGGACUCCCCCAGACUGACACCCAUCUGUUACCCCUCUUCCCUCCCCCCGACCCGACCAACCCUCUGACUCACCUGGGGUCUCUGCUGCCCGGACACGACGCACCGAGGACCGGCGGAUGGGACAGGAGGCACGAUCCGGGAUUUCCAACCUAUCAGCUUUUAGGAGGAUCAAGGGAAGUAAAGCAAGAAGCUCACACAGAGCAGAGCGUCACCAUCCUGCACGCCAAGGUGGCUCAGAAAUCCUACGGCAACGAGAAAAGGUUCUUCUGCCCUCCUCCGUGUGUUUACAUCAGAGGACGWGGCUGGAGAGUCAUGCAGGACCAUUUGAAAGUGGCUGGUUAUGGUGAUUCUGUGUACAGAAUCUGUGGUUACAUGUGUUUGGACAGCUCCAGUCAGUCGCAGGCAGACUCAUUCAAACUGGUCUUUGAUGAGCAGCCAAACUCAAAGCAGCUGUUUGCUAGUGCAAAGUCUCUUUUCAUCUCCGAUCAGGACAAGAGGAAGCACUUCUGCCUGCUGCUCAGACUGUUUCUGGGCAACAGCCAGGAAGUGGGCUCCUUCCAGAGCAGGAUGAUCAAAGUUAUCUCCAAACCUUCCCAGAAGAGACAGUCUAUGAAGAAUGCUGACUUGUGCAUAUCGUCCUGCUCCAGAGUGGCUUUGUUCAACCGUCUGCGCUCUCAGACCGUCAGCACUCGGUACCUCUCAGUGGACAGAGGAGCUUUCAUAGCCAGCGCCAGACAGUGGACAGCCUUCACCAUCACCAUGGUGGAUGACCACCCUGCUGAUCAAGGGGGAUUUGUGCUGAGUGAAGCCUUCAUCUGUUAUGGCUCUGUGGUCCAAUUAGUUUGUACUGAGUCAGGAGUCGCUCUGCCACCCAUGGUGAUUCGUAAAGUCAACAAGCAGCACGCCAUCUUAGACGUGGAUGAGCCCAUUUCUCAGCUCCACAAGUGCGCUUUUCAAUUCCGAGACAAACCCAACUCUUAUCUGUGUCUUUCUAACGACUCCAUCAUCCAGCACCAGACCUGUUCCAGCAUCAGGGACUCCAGCCGAGUGGUGCUGAAUGAUGGAUCCUGUUGGACCAUCAUUGGUGUGGAAGUGGUGGAYUUCAACUUCUGUCAGGGCGCUGGCUGCCUUCAGACUCCAGUCAGCCCGUUUCCUCUCAUCACUGGGUUAGAGGUAAACGGAGGAGGACACGUUGCCAUGUUGGAGAUCCACGGAGAAAACUUCAGUCCUCACCUGAAAGUCCUGUUUGGCAGCAGUGAGGCUGAAACCAUGUUCAAGUCUCCUCAAUCUCUGCUCUGCGUCGUUCCCGACGUCUCUGUUUUCAGCGACGGCUGGCGCCGCCUGCGUCGCAUCAUCACGCUCCCUCUGUCUCUCAUCAGGACCGACGGGCUGAUUUAUCGAACGUCCUUCAGCUUCACCUUCACUCCUGAGCUCCACCUGCCUCUGCCUGCCCGGGGGGCAGCAGGAGGCAGGGAGGGAGGGGCCGACAGAAGCCGGGAGGAUGACGAGGACAUCCUGAUAGAGACUAUUCACCAGGAGUUCACCAGAGCUAACUUCCACCUCUUUAUGCAGAGUUARCACCUGAAAAUGUGUCGUCUGCAGAGAUUCACUGUCUUUCCUUGUUCUGAUCCACAAAACACCAGCAGGAGAGACUUCCUGUUUAAAGAAUAAGUCAUAAAACCAAGGAGAUGACAGCUCAAACAGCCUGAACAGAUAAUAAAUGAUCAGUUUGUGACUGUUUGUUUCAUCAUCUUUAAGUUUCAUUURAUUUCUGAAAGCCCUGACCUGUGGUUCUGACUUUGAGGACCACAGUUCUGCUGUCUGAACAAUGUGCUCUGUGUUUCUGGGGUGAGAGAGAGAUCUGCGACAGCCUUGAAGGAAAAAAAAAAAAACCCUGACAUGUUUCGUCGAUGAGGUGACUGCUGUGUGAGAGGAUGUUUUUUCUAGAGGACAGACUCUCCGUCUGAGAGCAGCGUGUGGUUAAAGAAAACUGUUUUAGUUUUGAUCCUUUGAAACAGAUCCCAGCUCAAUGUUCUGUAAAYAGACAGGAGCUGGACUGUAAUCUGAGAUUGAUUUAUAAUCUGGUGUGACUUUUUGUGUCACAGAAUUUAUUAGAAGUUUCAGAAGUGAAAUUGAUUCAAGCCUGUUUUCAGAAAUAAAUGGAUUAACUGUA